GCGGGCGGGGAGGGAGCGGGGCCGCGCGGCGCUGCCGAGUCGGGAGCGGGGCCGAGCAGCUGCCGGGAGCCAGCGCCCUUCGCGUCGUCGCCGAGCCGCGCUCGCCCGCCCGCCAGCAUGGGCGACAAGAAGAGCCCCACCAGGCCGAAGAGGCAAGCGAAGCCCGCCGCCGACGAGGGAUUUUGGGAUUGUAGCGUCUGCACCUUCCGCAACAGCGCCGAAGCCUUCAAAUGCAGCAUCUGCGACGUCAGGAAAGGCACCUCCACCAGAAAGCCUAGAAUAAACUCACAGUUGGUGGCACAACAAGUUGCUCAGCAAUAUGCGACCCCACCGCCACCUAAAAAGGAAAAGAAAGAAAAAGUGGAAAAGCAAGACAAAGAAAAACCUGACAAGGAAAAAGAAAUCAGUCCAAGUGUUACAAAGAAGAACAACACCAAGAAGACUAAACCAAAGUCAGAUAUUGUGAAAGAUCCUCCUAGUGAAGCAAACAGUAUACAGUCUGGGAAUACAACAACAAAGACCAGCGACUCAAAUCACACUUCAAGACCCAGACUGAAAAAUGUGGACAGAAGUACUGCACAGCAGCUGGCAGUCACAGUAGGGAACGUCACAGUGAUUAUCACAGACUUUAAAGAAAAGACUCGCUCCUCUUCCACAUCCUCAUCUACAGUGACCUCCAGUGCAGGAUCAGAACAACAGAAUCAGAGCAGCUCUGGCUCUGAGAGCACAGACAAGGGCUCGUCCCGCUCCUCCACACCCAAGGGGGACAUGUCAGCAGUCAACGAUGAAUCUUUCUGAAAAUUGCACAUGGAGUUGUGGAAAACUAUGAAUCAGGGUAUGAAAUUCAAACACUCCACCUGCCCAUGCUGUUUAAAUCCUGGAGAGCCUCUUCUGUGCUUGAACAUACACUUUCUUGGACAUCGACCUCUUACUGAUGCAACCAGGAUAAUUUCUGCUUGCCAUGGGCAUCUGGCCACCAAGGAAUUUCGCACCCUGACGAUUACUCUUGACACUUUUAUGUAUUCCAUUGUUUUAUAUGAUUUUCCUAACAAUCAUUUAUAAUUGGAUGUGCUCCUGAAUCUACUUUUUUAUAAUAUCUGCUGUGCACAAUUUUCCAUGAACAUUACAACCUUUUGUUUUUGGAGUGGGGGGGAGGGCAGGGGAAGGGGGCUUUAUUUAUUGCAUUCACAAACUCCAUCCUCUUUUUCAGCAUAUCCUUUAAGUUCAGUUCUUCCUCCAGUUAUACUGUGUACUAUCAGUUUUGAUAUAAAUUAUAUAUAAAUAUAUAUAUAAAUAAAUAUAUAUAAAGGGUUAUUUGAAACCAAUACAUGGAAACGCUGGUGCUUGAAACACUGUGAAGCGAAACAAUAAUAUUGAACAGUAAAGAUCUGGGACAGUCCCCUUCUGUGAAAGUGCUGAAGCUGAAAUGGAACCGGUCUGAGAUGGGAAGUGUAUUCCUGAAGGUUUGAAUCUAGAUGGGACCCGAAUUUUAUUUUAUUUUUUUUUUUGUUCCUUUCCCCAUCCCCUCCUUCCCCCUCCUCCCCAUGCUUUGGCUGGACAAAUAGUUUUGAUCUUCUGGUUUGUUUAUUUUUUAUAUGAGUGUUGUGAUUUGUUGUUGGAAGACUGCUCCAGAUAGCACACAUUCCCGGUAGGAUAACUCAGACUGACAAAUCACAAGUUCACGUCUUGAUUCAAGUGGGUGCAUUCAAAACUAAGCUGAAUGCCACAGUUUCAUGCGUAUGCUGGUAACCUGUUUUAUUUCACUAUCUUUUUGCAUAGCCAGUUGCACAAAAAUACAACGUUGUGUAAUUUUGAUGAAUUCCAUCCAUUUUUCCAGACCUGCAUCGUUAACUGCGGUAACUUUAAAAGUCUGUGGAGUAGCUUUUUGCGUUAGGAUUCAAGGCAAGAGAGAACUGUAGGGCCAGAAGCCUUUUUGGGGGGCUGAUGUAAGAAAUGGUUACUUGUUCCCAUCUGUUGUUUCAUGGUUCUUCCUUGAUCCAACCCUUUCAUGUCUGUCUCCUUCCAUGUUGUUACGGGGAUUAUUUUGUGUUUGAAUUGGGUUUGGAUUCCAAGAGUGACUUCUGAACAGCGGAUCAUCCAGUGACGACAUGUGAGGUUUGUCAGUGUUGGGACAUGUUUAGCUGUCCUGCUGUGGGAGCUAAAGUUGUGAAAAGCUUUCGGGCUGGCAAGUGAGCAACAAGUGCAGCUCAGACGGAUGGCCAGUAUCUCUUUCAUUCUAGCUCUAAAGCUAUUCAGACUGCAUUUCUUGGUCUGUUAGCCUUGCUUUAUAGUUUUCCUUCUAGGUGUUAGCCUGCUAGAACACUAGUCUGAAGAGGUGAAACAAAUAUCGUUUGCUUUAUUUUUAAACUUUUGGAGCUCUUUUGGCUUUUUAUCCUUAUUUGUGUGGCUCCAGAGUGCUUGGCAGUAAUUUCAGGCACAGAGUCUGUGGCUUUAUUCAACAGCAUUGGGAUACCCUUUUUUGGGUGCCAUGUUUGGAAAGAGGGCCAUUUAAUAGUAACCUGGUGCUAGCUUCUUCCAUUGCGAAUUAUUAGCUUGGCAAAAAUCAUUUCUGUAUGUGGAGGCAACUGAGCUAAAUUUUUGUUUUCAGAUCAGCGUGGUUUUGAGUAGCAGACAUAGGUUCCUUUCACACGUACGAUCAAAGUAUUCUGUACUUAACUAAUUCAUUACAAGCUGUGCUUGAAGGUGUAUGGUAAAAAGCAGGGCCUUUGCAACUGCAUUUUUUAUUGUGAACACCUUAACAUGGACACCCCCAUUUAAUUCUGCUUAUAUUGGAAAUAUAGGCUGUAUUUACCUUUAUAAACAACAUUUUUAAAGUAUUUAUUAAAGAACCAAAGGAAAUCAGAUGCUCCCUAUGAGCAUCAAGAAAAUAUAAUAUACAUAGUUUUAAUACUAUGAAUUUCUCGAUCCACAUUUUAACAUUAGUGGGAUAUUGCAAAGACAUUCCUUUUCCAGUUUUUACUAUUCCUUUAAGGGUCUCAGGGAGGGUAAACUGGUCAGCCAUAUUUAUUUAUUUUACUGAGAUGUAUUGGAAUAAUUUUUUAAGAGAGACUUUUUGAAGAUGCCCCUGAAGUUGUAUAUUUUGCACUGCUUUAUAAAUGAAUCAUAAUCAGUUAGGCUUGCAUGCAUUUUGGCCCUGAUCCAGCAAAGCCUGGAGACAAGCAUUUGCUUCUCCCCCCUAGUUUCAAAAAAGACUAUACUGGUGCUUAAAGUUAUGCACAUAUUUAAGUUCUUUGCUGGAUCUGGGAAUUUGUGCAUAAAAGCAUGAUGUCUACCAGGAAAUUUGUUUCAUAUAAAGUGAAUGGACCUUGUAGAUUAGUUGAAAAAGCUUUAACACACAGUAACCAGCUACUCAUAGGCUACUGAUUCAGUGACAUCUUUUGAUCUUUUUUUCUUUUUUGGUGUGCCUCCUUUAUAAAAUAGGAUAUUGUAAAGAGAGAGUGGAAAAUUACUUUGCAACAAGUGAACUGUAACUCUGCAUUUAGUAGAAAUUGCUAGCUAAGCAUUUGAACUUACCCGGGCCGCUUUCUUAGCUGUUGUGUUGUGGAUUUGAAGGAUAGUGUUUACUUUUACACUUAAUUUCUAGAAUUGAUGAUACCCCUAAGGCAUGUAUCUGGAAAUGGAAUUCGCUCCACGCUCUGCAUUUUCAGUUUUAACCUGCUAUCUGUAGGGAGCAUGUUUAAAAAACAAAAAACAAAAAACAAAAAAACCAACAAAAAACAAACAAAAAAACCUAACAACAACAAAAAAACACUAGUGUAGAGGAUGGACCAGAUAUGCUUGGUAUUCAGUGGCACAGAAAGCAGGUAAGUAAAGCACAGUGUUAUGUUUUCAAGUUUCAACUUUUACACACACAUGCGCGCGCGCACACACACAAACACACAGACACACACACACAGACACACACACCCUGACACACCUACACACCAACAUAGCUUGCCUGACUUGCUCAGUUUGACAUAGUCAUGCAAAGGAAAAAGGAAGAGUAGAAGCAUUUCAACACAAAGGCUAUUUCUUUUGAUUGGAACACAUUGGUUGUUUCAAAUUGGACAGAUCUAAAACCUGGCAGUAGCUUCUGUGAGUUAAUUUCCACUGAGAUGUUUUCACCUGCCUUAUCAAGAUCAUUCUCAGUCUACUUUUUUAAGCUACCAUAAACGUAAAUUAUUGAAAAUUUGUUAAUUGCUGACUAUAUAAUAACCUUUGCUUGUAUGUAACCGAAAAUGGUUUAAGAGCCAACAUUUAGAGUAUGACAAUGGAGCUGAACAGUUUUUAAUGCGCAAGCAGUUCUGUUCUUGUGUAUGACUUGUAACCUUAAUUUACUGUGUAAAGAUGGUUACAUUAUUUCCUUAGCUUUGUUUGUUGGAGACAAAUAUAGAAUGCUUGUUUAAGUAUGUCAAAACAUAAUCUUAUCUUGUGGAUUUUUAUGUUAAUGUAUUAUACGAGCUCUAUUUUUCAUUUGCCCAGAAAGACAGCUUGUAUAACGCUUUUGAAAGUUUCUCCGCUCUGUAAAGUCUUUAGAGCUGACAGUCCUGUUAGGUUUGUUUUAAUCUUCAUGCUAAAGUGUCAAUGGUGGUUUUGUGAACUGGUCAGAAAUUCACAGGUCUUAAAUGUUUUUGGGAAAUUUAUAUUGGACACUGCUCUUUGUCUAGCAAAUAAAAGAUGUUAAUAUAUUCCUGUUACUGGCAUGUGCACGACUGUUAUUAGAAGCCACUUUAUCAUUUUCCUGCUUUAAAUAGAAAUGUCUAUUUAUGAAUUCUGCUUGUAGUUUUUUCACAAAUAAAAUAGUAAAAUUUAA